AGGAAGUGGCAGACGGAAGACACCACCACUCCGCAAACAGUGCCCAGUCCACCUUCUUCUGCAGCACGGGUUCGACCGUUACUCCGGCAACGACGUCACAGACUCGUUCGCCUGGAAGAGUGCACAGCGCUGGGGUCAAAGGCGGUUUCGUUACAGUGCUGGUGUGAGCCACCGGCUGUGUGUGUGUUAUGUGGUGGUGGUACUCCUCGCUCCCCCUCGGAUAAGGAGAAGGGUCUGUGGAUGCGUCAGACCUGGCUCGAUAUGUCCGUUCACCCUGUCCUCUCAAUGCCAUCAGAUUCACCCCUUGCACUGCAUUGUGGUAUGCGCCCGCUGGCCGGGCACCAUUCUCAUAAUUCACUACAGUGUACAGACAUGUCAUCGGCGUCCUCUUGGCCAGGGAGGCGGGGCCAGGGACGAGUUGGGAGAGUGAGGAGGAGACUAGUUUGUCCCCGACCGCCCAAUGCACUGCCUCCUUUAUUUAACACACCUGGUGGUUCUGGGUGCAGAAGCCAGAGGGGUGUAAUUAUUCCCAACUAUCUUCAUCCACGAGCUCCAGAUUUGCCCAUUCUGCCGGCAACACCCCCAACGACAGAUACACCCACUCAGCCUUUGAGAAGGAGAAGAGCAGAAAGCUCAUUUGACAUUGACAACCUGGUGAUGCCUUUGGGCCUGGCUGGACUAGGAGCACGAGUACAAAGAUUACAAUACAAGGAAAUUAUCACCCCAAGCUGGAGGGAGCUGGACUCUUUCUCAGGGGUCUCUAAAAACCAGGAAGGGGCACAUGCCCUGUCUUUCAGUUACAAUAACACACAGCACCAGCCCAAUGGGGAAGGACAGGACAGUGAGGAGGAAGAGGCGGAGGAUCUCUCUGACGCUGUGUUUCUGAGCCGCCAUGCGGUUUGUGAGAGCAGGGAGAGGAGUCGGUGGGGAAGCUGGGCUCGCAGACGUCGCCGGGGCAGAUCUUCUUCCUCCUUCCAUGGGGAUGGGAAGAGCUCCAGGGGAUUGGAGCAGACACCUGGCUCUCCAGAUUCCAGGCAAAGUCAUUUUGCAGAAGGAGACGUCUCGCCACGCAGCCCCUUCUGUACUGGAGCGGAGGAUCCCUUCAGCCAGGCUGAGGAUGAACAGCAGGCUGUGCUGCCAUGGGAACGCCGGUCGUUCCCCUUGCAGGAGUCAGAACUUCAGUGGCUGCAAGAAGAGGAAGAGGCGGAGCCCGACGAGGACCCGUGCACCGCCAGCGGCCGCAGCCAAAGCACGGACUCUGGCAUCUCUGUGGGCAGCCUGGAGCUCUCCCCGAGGACCCCUCAGCCCCCUCAGCAGCACUCAGGCACAGAGCGAGCCACCCCUCACACACUGUCCUGCAAACCAGCCACCCCGACAACAGUCUCUACAGCUCAGGAUUCUCCCACACUUCCUCUUUCCUUAUACUCAGCCUCUCCGUUAUCAUAGCGCAUCAUUUGUCCAGCCGUUUUUCUGCUCUAACACGAAAACAAAACCACAGGUCCCAAUGCCACUGACCCCGUUGACCCAUUUAUCUAACCACGAGCACCUUGUGUCCUUGUUCCCUGAACCCUCUGGAGCCUUACAUGAAACCACAGAGCCUAUUAUUUAUAAUCUUCCCUCAAACCCUCACUCGUUCGCCCAAUAACAAGUGCAUCUCCACCAACAGCCCAGUUUUCCCUUUGAGCAUCUCUGGUCCUUCCUUAUACGUCCUUUCAACUCUUCUUCACCAGCCUGCCCCCGAUACAGCUGCCGUUCAAUCUGAUGCUACUGUAAUGAACAGAUGGUGUCUGUUUUUCUGUUGUUUAUUCAUUUUUUUGGACCUGUCUAAAGCUUUUCCUCCAGCUAAGUCAGUCAGUCAUUUUGCGUUUUUGUUAAAAUCAUUGUUUACAGCUCUACGCUGUUUUCUCAGAUCAAGAUGUUACGCCAACAUAGGGCGAAUCCAAAUUGAAAGCUCUUGGUUAUUGAUCUCCAUAUAAAGACACUACAUAUUACCCUCAUUUUCUGUGACUUAGUUACCUUAUUCAUGUGUUGUAUCGUAUGUAUUCCACAGACAUGUAUGCGUACUGCCGAAGAAUCAUAGCAUUUAAAGUCUGUUACACGCUCUCUGGAUGCUGCCUGUGUCUUUCCGCCUUCCUUUUGAGCUCAACACAAGAAGUAUUCUUUUGAUUUCCAUAUGACAUGCUGUGUGUGUGUGUGUGUGUGUGUGUGUGUGUGUGUGUGUGUGUGUAUUAUGUUAAAGGAAGAAAGGAAGAAUGAUAGUUCUUGUGUUGAUCAGAGUAUGUAUGUGUGUGUGAUUUAGACAGGUCUGCUGUACUGCUGCAUUAGGGGGUAGCGUUGGUGAAUAAAAACAUCAUUUGUAGGAACACACAACAAAACACGAGAAGAUUAAAGUAAAUGGAAGUUCUGUUCGAAACGCACAUGAUGCUCUCAAUGCAAAGACGUAAUAAAAGGAAUAAACACGUAAAUGAGAA